GAUUGUUUGCGUUUGACAGUUCCGGGGUUUGUUAUGAUGUGAUCGAUGAAGAAAUUGACGACAAAUUAACCGAUUUUUGGCGACAAUAUGGCAUAUUUUCACUACCGGUGCGGUGAAAGAAUCACUUUGACGAACGAUAAUUGCACCGCUAUAAGGAACGACAGUGAUUUCGAUCACGGGCUGGUUAUAUCCGCAGAACCCCUUGUAAAUGAUGUUUUGUUUGAAGUAAAGAUUGAUAGAAAAGUGAAUUCUUGGUCUGGCAGCUUGGAGAUUGGCGUGGUGGAUUGUGAUCCUUUGAAUUUUGAUUUUCCAGCCUGUGCUUCGAAAAUACAGACAGGAUCAUGGAUAAUGUCUACAUCGUCGGUUUUCAAGAACGGGGUUUGUCUUGUAGAAGGAUAUGGUAUGGAUUUGGACAAACUAAACCAAGAAGACAAAAUUGGUUUGAUGCGAACCUAUGAUGGUGACUUAAUUUUUUACAUCAAUGGAGAAUCUCAGGGUGUGGCGGCCGAAGGUAUACCAAGUGUGGUAUAUGCUGUGGUUGAUUUGUAUGGGAAAUGUGUGCAAGUCAGCAUUACCAGUCCAGGAAUCAGAGAACACAAUAACGAUGAUUGUUUAAGUGGUAGCUCAGUUUUGGCCAUUGAUAAUGAUAUUUUAAAUGUUACUUUGGGUGGGGAUUUAAGUGAGUUAAGUUUGAGCAGCAGUAAUAGCUUGGAUAUUAGGAUGGAUAUGAAUAUGAGUUUGACAUUACCAGAGGAGUUGCCUCGUCCAGAGAAAAUAAGGUUUCAUGAUCGCAGUGGUUCCCUUGUGAAACUCACAAAUGGUAGUAGAUCUGCUGAAAGGAGAAGACCUCUGGAUGAGUUUAAUAAUGGGGUUGUUAUGACUCAUAGACCUUUACGGGAUGGAGAGUUGUUUGAAAUUAGAAUUGACAGGCUUGUGGAUAAAUGGAGUGGAAGUAUUGAGAUGGGCAUCACAACUCAUAAUCCCAAUAGCCUUGUUUUUCCCGCCACGAUGACGAACAUGCGCAGUGGCACCAUAAUGAUGUCGGGGUGUGGGAUUCUGACCAAUGGCAAGGGCACUAGGCGCGAGUACGGCGAUUUUAAUCUCGACGAGCUCAGCGAAGGGGAUCGCGUGGGUAUGAUGCGCAAAGUCGACGGGAAUUUGCAUUAUUUCAUUAAUGGUUUGGAUCAGGGCAUUGCCGCGCAGAGGGUGCCUCAGAUUGUUUGGGGGGUUAUUGAUUUAUACGGGAUGACUAUUAAGGUUUCCAUAGUGGAGAGGGACGAACGCGAAGAGCAAAACCUAAUGACGAGGAAAAACACUCGCGAUCUCCAGUCGAACCUGCCCGAGCCGCAGGCGGCCUCGGACUACUACGAUCGGCUCACGUUCCACCCCAACUGCGGCACGCACGCGCAGGUCAUCGGAAACGGCCGCACCGCGCAUCGGCCCAACGCAGCAGACGAUUUCAACAACGGCGUGGUGCUGACGGCGCGACCCCUGAAAACCGGCGAACUGUUCGAGGUUAGGUUGGACCGGGUGGUCACCAAGUGGGCGGGGUCCAUCGAGAUAGGCGUGACCACGCACAGCCCCAUCGAUUUGGAGUUUCCGUUCACGAUGACCAACGUCAGGUCCGGGACCUGGAUGAUGACGGGCAGCGGCAUCAUGCACAACGGCACCAUCGUUUUGGAGCAAUACGGCGUGAAUCUGGACAGAUUGCAGGUCGGAGAUAGAGUGGGAGUGCUCAGAAAGGAAAACGCAAUGUUGCAUUUUUUCGUCAACAACGUCGAUCAAGGCGUCGCAGCCUCAAAUGUCCCGGAAAGAAUAUACGGAGUAAUAGAUUUGUACGGUCAGGCAGUUGAGGCCUCAAUAGUCGACAUAUAUGAUUACGGUUCUCCAGACACAAUUAAUUCCUCUCUAUCCAACACUACUUUGUACAGUGACCUACGUUUCCAUCACAUCCAUGGAAAAAAUGCGCGAAUCGUCAACAACGGUCUUACAGCUUUAAGGCCAAGGGCACUGGCUGAAUUUAAUGAUGCCAUCGUCUUUUCGAGCCGACCCUUGCGCGACGGAGAAUUGUUCGAGAUUUGUCUCGACACCGUGGUGGAUCGAUGGUCGGGAAGCAUAGAAUUGGGCGUGACCGCCGUGAGACCGGACGACAUAGACCUGCCCAGCACCGCCACCGACUUGUGCUGCGACACGUGGAUGCUGAGCGGCUCCUCCAUCAUGGAGAACGGAAAGACCGUCAAGAACAACUACAUGUUCGAUCUGGACUCGCUUACGGGCGGCGUCCGCUUGGGCGUGAUGCGGUCCGCCGACAGGACGUUGGAGUUUUACCGGGACGGGGUGCCGCAAGGAGCCGCCUGCCUGGUCCCCCACCCCACCGUCUACGCCGUCGUCGAUCUGUACGGCCAGUGCGCGCAGGUUAGUAUCCCGUGCGCAUCUCCGAUGGCGCCGCUAGCCUCCACCGGUAUCGACACUUGUCCGCGCUCGGACACUUCCGCUUCGCUGCAAGCGGUCAGCGCAGGCGCGCAGGCCACCGCGGAGACGGCCGAUCAUCACCGGUUUUUCGAAAAGCGCGGCGAAGGCCUUUUCCUGAGCGAAUGCGGACGUUUGGCAUCAAGAUGUAAGAAAUUUAGUAGUUGCAUAGUGUAUAGUUCCACCCCAUUGGUACAGGAUGAAUUGUAUGAAAUUACGAUUUUAAAUUUAUGGAAACAUUUUGCCGGUACCUUGUCUAUAGGCGUUACAACUUCAUUCCCGGAUAACUGUAACGGUUUUAUCCCGAGCGAUGCUUGCUAUCUAACAGGUAACGAGCUUCGUUACAAAAACAAGGUUCUGCAAUUUUUCUCUCCGUCCCUUAACUGGCUCAACGUACAAGACCGUAUCGGUUUGUUGCGCACCCACGAGGGCACCGUUAAAGUUUUCGUUAACGGUGAAGAAUUGCCCCUUAACUUGCCGCCCUUACCGGAAACUUUAUACGCCGUAUACGACUUAAGGGGUUCUUGCAGUGAAAUUUCAGUGACUAGUCAUAAAUCUUCGCUGUCGCCUUUAAACAGCAUUCGAUUGCAAGACAGUCUUGAGCUUGUUAUAGAAGAUACCCUAUCGGAUAGCAGGGAACCCUUGGGCGAGAUGAUUGUCUCUAUAUCCAGCGAUAUUCUCUACGAAUUCCACGACAAUCACGGGCGAAAUAUAGAGCUUCUAACCAAUCGCAGCACGGCGCGUAGAGUGGCUUCGUACAACCAGGGCAUAGCUUUGGUGCAACCGGCUCUGGAUGCCGGCUGCAAAGUGCUGAUCGUCGUGGAGCAGCUGGAAACGAAAUGGCAGUCGUCUAUUAUUGUAGGGCUUGUGGCUGGGACGCCGGACAGGCUUAAUUUGCCCGUGAAUGCCCUGUCUAUCAAGGGGCCUAGCUGCAUCGUGGCCAACGAUUGGAUCUCGAUUAACGGAGUUAAGUCGAGAUCGAACUAUGGACAGUCCAUUAGUAACUUGACAGUUGGCGAUACUAUCGGAAUGCAACUGACAGAUCACAAACAAAUGAAACUCAUCAUCAACGGCGUGGAAGAAGAAGCGUUGCAUUGGAAUUGCCCGAAUAACUUGCCCAUAUACGCCGUUUUCGACUUGUACGGUCAAUGCCAACAGAUCAAAAUUUUGAACGACUCUGUGUCGUGCGAUCAGGCAUCGUCCGUAGCUACAGACUGCGAAAAAGCCGAUCUAGAUUCCUGCGAAAAGGAACGAUCAGAAACGAACCUGACGUUGCCGUUAGCCUCGAUCAGCGCGAACGUGGCAACGCCGACGAACAAAAAUUCGCCCCCGAGUCCAGCGAAAACUUGCGCGUACAAGGAGGAAAUCGAGAGGUUCAAGAAAAAGCUUUGCUUGCCAGAUCACUACUUUAGCUCGGACGAACCAGUUUGUUUUUGUGCGAAUUGUUACAGGAGCAAGUGUCAAUCUGGGGAAAAAGACAACACUCUAGUUGGUUGGGUCAAGUUCCCGUUGAAAAAUUUCGCCAACUUGACUACGGAAAAAUGGCACCAAGCCUUCUAUGCAACGAAGUUAGGCGCGAUUCGGUGCAUUUUGGACAAAGGACAGCCACUCACCAAAGGUCAAGCAAAAUAUUGCAACUUCACAGCUCAAAAAUCCGACGAUGUGCAGGUGGUAUUCUACCCGACUCUGCAGAGUUGCCUGACUAACGCUUUCAAGCUGCCAAACGGCAAGGAAGCUCUGGCGGGGUUUCAGAUUUUCGUGAAACCAGGGGCGUACUCUAUAAAUAGAGAACCCGAGGGUAUAGAGUGGAGCACCAAAGAAACUGGAGCGCUGGCUCUUAACGCACUUUUGCUUCAAAUCCGUUAAAUUAUGCUAGUCGUCAAUACACAUAUUUAGUAAUGGCUGUAUUAUGUAAUAUACUCAACUUUAUCAUGAUAUUUUGGAAUUUUUUUAUGUGAUACUUAUAGGUUUCAUUAUGAUACCUAGUUAAUGUUUUUUAUUAUUUAACUUAAUAAAGUACGCAUUUUUGUUUAAAUUA